UUAGAACCACUUGGACCCUGGGACACAGGGGCUCAGGGGCCUCGCCUGGACCAGCCCCUCCUGGUUACACCUGCUCCACUUCUCGCUGUAGCCCCUCCUUGCCCUGGGGCCUGGGCCGCCCGAGCCACCAGGGAGUCAGCCCUCCAUACCUUUCACAGUAGCAUCUUAGCACAAGCCUGAACCCCGAGCUCAGCCCCAGCCCUAAGGGGAGCCUCAGCCCAACCCAGCUCCAGCCCUGUACCCGGCAUGGCCAAGGACUUUCAAGACAUCCAGCAGCUGGACUCCGAGGACAAUGAGCACCAGCCGGGUGGAGGUGAGGGCCCGGGCCCUCGUGGGCACAACCCCAGGAGAGGAGACAGGCUCUGCGUAGGGACCCCCACGCAGCCGCCCCUUCGGCUGCAGCGCUUCUGCUCCACCUUGCGCCUCAGUCUGCUUGUCCUGGGCUUCAACGUCCUGCUGCUGGCGGCCAUCUGCGUGAUUGGGUCCCAAAGAGCACAGCUGCAAGAGGAACUGCGGAUCCUAAAGGAAAACUUCAGCCACUUCUCCAACGGCGUCCUGUUGGAGAUCCGCACUCUUGGCUCGCAUGGGAGCAGUGCCAGUCACCAGCUGACCUCUCUGGAAGCCAAGCUGGAGAAACAGCAGAGGGAUCUGAAAGCAGAUCACGCUGCCUUGCUCCUGCAUCUGAAGCACUUCCCCAUGGACCUGCGCAUCCUGACUUGUCAGAUGGCCUUCUUCCAGAGCAACGGUACACAGUGCUGCCCCCCUAACUGGCUGGAGUACGAGGGCAGCUGCUACUGGUUCUCCCGCUCCGGGAAGACCUGGGAGGAGGCGGACGGGUACUGCCAGCUGGAGAGCGCCCACCUGGUGGUCAUCAACUCCAGAGAGGAGCAGAAGUUCAUUGUCCAACACACAAACCCCUUCAAUGCCUGGAUAGGUCUCACUGACAGCGAGGGCACCUGGAAAUGGGUGGAUGGCACAGACUAUCAGCAGAGCUACAAGAACUGGGCGGCCACUCAGCCAGAUGACUGGCAGGGGCACGAGGUGGGUGGAGGUGAAGACUGCGUGGUAGUCCAGGCGAACGGACGCUGGAACGACAAUUUCUGCAAGCAGGUGCAACGCUGGGUGUGCGAGAUGAGGCUGAACAUCACAGCUUAGGAGCCCGCCCCCAGCUCUCUGCAGGGGGGAUUUUGAAGAAAGGAAAAAUAGAGGGGAGGGAUCGAGACAGGAUGGAGGGGGUGCUGUGAGCAUCACAGACCCCCGGAGACACUGAGGUCCCGCCUCCUUCCGCAAGUCACUGUCAUGAUUAUAAUUUUCAGCCUGGUCCAUGGGGUAGGGAAAGAAGAUGCAAGUACUUGAAGUUGCAUGGACUGGUCAUUUGGAACUGGGAGAUGUGGGGAGCAAAGAACAGAGGGGUGUCUGGAAGAGACAGAUUUAGUCCUAGACAGCUGCUCCUUGAGACCCCAUCCCAAGGGACAUGGGCCAGGGAGGGGAGGGGGAUUUGGAGCAGAGAUGCUCAGCUCGAGGCAGCAGGUGGGGGCCGGAGGGGCUGUGUGGGGAAGCAGCUCCCCCCAAUCUGGGGGAUCUCCCACAGAAGAGGUUUCGGGGAACAACAGGGCUCCUCCCAACCCCAGGAGCUGUGGUCUGGCUGACGGGGGCAGCAGAAGAUGCUCGCUAAGGGAAUGGGGGUCAGUAAGACGCUGUCCCCUAUCUGCAGUGGGGCCACCUCUUCUGGACCCCUAAGAGACCUAGACCUUUCUCUAGCACAGGGUGUCACCAGCCACUUCCUCGGGGGCUACAUGUCACCUUCCAAAAUCAUUCUGGAGCCAAUACUAAGAGGUUCUUGAAGCAA